AUGAAGCACUUCAUCGUAACCUUCACCACCAUCCCCGUCCUCUGGCUCUGGUGGCUCUCCACCUUGCCCAACGCACCCUCCCUCGCCGUGAACGCAGUCUGGAACUACAACCCCUCGGACCCCGGCACGUUUCUUGCAACCUGCCUUGUCCUCACCAUGGCACUCUGGAUCUUGCACCUCGUUCUGACGAUGAAAGCUCGACUGGAGCCCGUCUCGGCCUCCAUCGUUUUCGGCCUCUUAUUCCACAUGGUCCCCGCUCUCUGCCUCCUCGCCGCCAUUCUGAAGUCGAAGAUCGCACAGGAUAGGCAGAUGGUAUGGUUCAGCGCGCUGAUGGCGCUGCGCUACUGGCGUACGCUUGUUGCUGUUUUCUUCUGGAUGCAGUACAAGCCUUCGAUGCACCGCGCUCGUUACGGCAAAGCAAAACACACAGCUGAGGACUGUACGAUUGUCGUCGCUACGGUUGGUCCGGGCCAGAACCUUGAGCUGUUUACACGCAUGGUUGAAGGCAUUCUGGCCAACAAGCCAAAACGCGUCGUGUUUUCUACACCCGAGGCGGGUAUUGCGGAUAUUGUGCGGCCGAUUGUGCUGGAGAUCCAGAAGGUGUUCGAGGAGCGUAGGGUGGUUGGUGGGAAGAAAGAGAUGGAUGGGCACUACGGCACCACUGAGAUUGUUGUGACUGGUGGAGCUAACAAGAAGGAUAAGCGGACGCAGACGGCCGAGGGGAUCAAGUUGGUUGAGACGAAGAUUAUGGUCAUGGUUGAUGACAGUGCAGUGUGGACCCCAAAGUUCCUUGAGGCUACGCUUCCGGCUUUUCAGGAUGACAAGGUAGGGUUUGUGGGUACGCGCAAGUGGGUUGAGCGGUUGUCACUGCCUGAGUAUGAUUCCGAGCUCAACUGGUAUCAGAAUAUGGCUGCGCGAUAUCGUGCUGGUUUCUGGAAUACCAUUGGGGCAUUGUAUCUCGUGCGUCACAACUUCGAGAUUCGCGCUUCGAACACUGCGGAUGGAGGCGUCUUUUGCGUCUCUGGUCGUACCAGCUUGAUCUUGUCUAGGAUAGUCAAGGACGAAGAGUUUGUGGAAAAGUUCCUCAAUGAGUACAUUUGGUCGUUUCCUAGCCUUGGUGUUGAGGGCGUUGGCCCGCUCAAGGCUGAUGACGACAACUUUAUCACGCGCUGGGUCAUCAAGCAUGGCAUGGACGUCAAGAUUCAAUAUACCGAAGAUGCGACCAUGACCACUCAGCUGGGACGUAUGGACAACUUCAAGUUUGUGGACCAGUGCAUGCGCUGGAGCCGUACGACUAUCCGACAGAACCCUAUCGCCUUGUUCGUCGACCUGACUGUGUGGUGGAAGUGGCCCAUCUCUGUCUGGAUGGUGUACUUUCCGUGGAUGUACAAUGUCGCUCUUUUCUGGGAUGCACUGGCAGUCUGGACAUUUACCACUACCACGUUCUUUCAUGACUCUUCAGCCCAGUACUACUGGUUGGGUCUUCUGAUCUCUUUCAUCUGGAUGUCAAAGCUAACCAAGACGAUCCCGUGGUUCAUGCAUAGGCAGAACCGUUCAGACUUCUUCUGGUACUUCUUCCCCAUCCCGGCUUACCCUCUGUUUGCGUAUGCUCACUCCAUUAUCAAGAUCUACACUGUCGCAACCUUCUGGGUCAACGACUGGGCUGGCCGUACUCAAGAUGAGAAGCAGCCAGAGUUGGAUGGCAUUAAGGCCAAGUAG